GUGACAAUUAUUUGGGGAAAGGGGAGGGAGCGCUCCCUCGGCUGGGGCUCUCAAACAUCAACCGCUCCAGGAGUGGACCUGUCCAGGGUCCUGAAAAUAUCACGUUAUUACCUAUCCCAGGACGCUGAAAGAAUCGAGAUCUUGGAGCGAAGAGAGAGCGAGCCAGCAACACAUACACACACCAAAAAAACGCCAAGACCAUUGGAGAUUCCUAACGACACCUGCAUUAACAGCACUUUCUAACAUCGUCCAGGAUUCAAAAUGCACAGCCUAGUCGCUCUGCGCCUCUACCUGUGGGAGACAAUCGUAUUUUUCAGUUUGGCCGCGGCCAAGGAGGUGCAAGCUGCGAGAUCUGCCGCCAAACCUCCGUCCCCGUCAGACUUUCUGGACAAGCUGAUGGGCAGGACAUCGGGAUACGAUGCGAGGAUCAGGCCGAAUUUCAAAGGCCCAGCAGUAAAUGUCACAUGCAACAUAUUUAUCAACAGUUUUGGCUCGAUAGCAGAAACUACAAUGGACUACCGGUUAAAUAUUUUCCUGCGGCAGCAAUGGAACGACCCACGGCUGGCUUACAGUGAGUUUCCUGAUGACUCACUGGAUCUGGAUCCAUCCAUGUUGGAUUCUAUUUGGAAACCAGAUUUGUUCUUUGCUAAUGAAAAAGGAGCUCAUUUUCACGAAAUUACGACAGACAACAAAUUGCUGCGAAUUUUUAAAAAUGGUAAUGUCCUCUACAGUAUCAGGUUGACACUGAGCCUUGCUUGUCCUAUGGAUUUGAAGAAUUUUCCAAUGGAUGUGCAAACCUGUAUAAUGCAGCUUGAAAGCUUUGGGUACACUAUGAAUGAUCUGAUAUUUGAAUGGGAUGAAUCUGCUGCUGUACAGGUAGCUGAUGGACUAACUUUGCCACAGUUUAUUCUUAAAGAGGAAAAGGACCUAAGAUACUGCACAAAGCACUACAACACAGGGAAAUUUACUUGUAUAGAGGCACGUUUCCACCUGGAGAGACAGAUGGGUUACUACUUAAUCCAGAUGUAUAUCCCUAGUCUUCUUAUUGUUAUCCUCUCCUGGGUCUCGUUCUGGAUUAACAUGGAUGCAGCUCCAGCACGUGUUGGUCUGGGAAUUACCACAGUGCUCACCAUGACUACACAGAGCUCAGGAUCCCGAGCAUCACUACCAAAGGAGGAUGAGGUAGUAGAAGGGCGUUUCAGUUUCACUGCUUACGGGAUGGGACCUGCUUGCCUGCAAGCUAAGGAUGGAGUUGCCAUUAAGGGCAAUAAUAACACAAAGUCAAAUUCACCUCCGGCCAAAACGUCAGACGAAAUGAGGAAACUUUUCAUCCACCGAGCAAAAAAGAUUGAUACGGUAUCACGAGUGGCUUUCCCUCUUGUCUUCCUGAUUUUUAAUAUUUUCUACUGGGUGAUCUAUAAGAUCGUGAGGAGUGAAGAUAUCCAUAAAGACUAGGUCCUGAGAAAGAGAAAACUCCACUGCCAGGAAGAAUAUUGUCAUCUGGCACAUGAGCAAUGCAGGAAAGCAUGUGUAUAUUGGAAUAUGGCAAUAUGUAAAGAAAAGAAUUUCUAUAUAUGGUCAGUCUGAAGGGAGGUAUCCUUAUAAACUGGAGUACAGAUGCAUUACAGAGGAGAAGAUGCAGUCAAAAAAUCUUUCAUACUAAAUAUAUUAUAUAUAAAAGGUUCAUUAGACUCCUCCAUGUGAUCAUUUGAUCUGUAUAAAAUCUGAAAAAAUGGAAUGACUAUAUAAUAUGAUAAACCUCAUGUGCUUGAUCUGAAAUGUUCCACUCAAGGUCACACCAGUUUUUAAAAAAUUCUGUCUUGUUCCCUGUGUAACAUUUCUGAGUGUAGUCUUCAUUCUUAAGGCAUUUUGUGUCCUGUUUAAAUCUCAUUAAUAUAGACUUUCUAUCUCAAUCUAAGUAAAGUUUCAUUUUGAACCUUGUAAACUACUCUUAGUACUACGUCAUAAUAGUACUUCAUCAUAGCUGCUACAGAACACAACAACCUCGUCUCCAAUCUAGCAACAAAGGACUAACACUAGAAAGGAUAACAAGUUGCUCUAAGUGUGUGCAUUUUAAAUUCAUGAAUAUGCAUUAAUUAAAAGGAAAGUACUUACAUUUAUGUGGCAGCAUUCGCGUCCUUUGGGAUGUCCCAAAUCACUGAGCAACAAUUGAAUUACUCUUGCUUCUUGCUGUAUAUGUAUUAUUGUUGGAUUGUAUUUCAGUCAAAGGUUAAGGCACCACCACUGAACUGUACUGAAACUGCCUUAUUAGUCUUGCAGCAGGAUUGCAUUUGGUGUAUCGUACAAUAAAUAACAUCGGGCAAAUUUCAUUAAUUUAUCCAGUACGUACAGGGAUUAGUGGGAAGCUAGGGAUUAUUUUACAAAAGGGAUACUGAACAUGAUGUUGCCAUUGAUCCUAAAUCAAGAUGGAUGGUCAUUAUUAGUCAAAUCUUAGAAAUUUAUUUGCUAUUACUGACAUGGUAAAAAGAAUAGAAGCAUGUUAUUGAUUCAUUUCAGCUAAAUAAAUUGUCGUUGAUCAAAUAUAAGAGAUGUCCAUUUGUAUUUAAAGAGUAGAUUGAAAUACUAUGAUUGAUCUGCUUUCAAGACAUCAAUAUUAUCGAUCCUAAUCAAAUAAUAAGUAUCAUAACUUGUUUUGGAGUAUUUUAUUGACUAAAGAUCAACCCAUUAGGAUUAACUAUAGUUCUUGAUAAUGGCUAAUCAAGAAUUUGGAUAAGUAAAUGAGAGUAGCAUUCUCCUUUCAAAACAUGACUAUACUGGAAUUUAUUGCAUUAAACCCACACUGAGUUUCUUGGAUUUGAGGUUGGAUUCAGGAUCUUUAGCAACUCACAGGUUCAUUUCAUUAUUUCUGUAGAAUGACAGCAUACUGUGAUAACAAAUGUUAAAUUAUACAUCAAUGCAAAACUAUUAAUUUUAAAAUGGUUACAAAUGUUGGUUGAUGUUUAACAGGCUUAUGUGAAAAGUUUUAUUACAAUUGAUUGCAGGCCAUCCUCUUAAGGAAUGCAUGGACCAUGUAAAAUAAGUGGCAACACCAUUAGCAGGAGUUCUAAAAGCACAAAGCUCCUUCAAAGUGGCUCAUUAGACCAAGCAUAGCUUUCAAUUACACACAUGGUUAUAAUCAAACUGAGUGAGAAAUGUAUUAGUUGAGUGGAUGUCCAUAAUUAGCUGUGCCAAAAUGUAUGGAAUGCAAAACAAGGGAAUCGUUAAAAGGAAUAAUUAAGAAUUGGUGUAACCUUAAUUAAUCAUUUUAAAUUUCUUAGCUGAAACCCAUCAGCACGAAGUGAAGUAAUUUGCAUCAGGCAGAUUUAUUUCACUUAUAUACAGUAAUAAAUCCUGUACAUUACACUUAUGUAAUUUUUGCAUGAAUAUGUGAUAAACAGAAUAUGAGAU